CUGCGACUCGCCGACUCCCUCUGUACGGAAAUUUAUAGUUUAAAUGUAAUACUUUAAUCACCAAACCCUUGCUUUUUAAGUUCCAAAUCCGAAAAAUUCUCUCAAUCCGUUCCUUCGAAGUUCGAACCACAGAUUCACAGAGGAGGGGAAGUGGGGAUUAAUGAAUUAAAGAAAGAUUUUCUGCAUUUUUCUUCCUUUUACUUCGUUGUUCUGUUCUUCCCCAGCUUCUUAAACCUAGAUUUUGAUUCAAAUAUGAGCCAAGACAACAUCACCAUCUUCGAACACGACAAUGGUGUUACCCAUUUCCAUCAUCGAACCUUCACUGUUAACAUAUUUGGCAACAAGGUCUACACCACCGUAACUCGCCGAGCCUCUGUUGUGAGAAAGUGGAUCUACAAAAUCCGAUACGAUCAUCGCUUCAGAAGGGAUCGGCUUGUGGUAGGUCUCGGUGUUCAAUGGCGUCCACCAAUGUCUAAUAAAGUUGCAACUCCGCAGUUAUGCGUUGGUCGCCAGUGUCUCAUCUUCCAAAUCAUACACUCAAAUUCCAUCCCUCUAGUAUUGAUGAGGUUCCUCGCAAAUGAUUUUAUCACUUUUGUUGGGGUCAGGAAUCAGAUUGAUUCUUAUCUUCUGAGGAGGGAUUACAACCUGGCUGUGGAUCGUGUCUUGGAACUUGGGUCGGUGGCCGACUUCCUCAGGGGUGCUUCGAUGGAGACGAUGGCGAGCGAAAUCCUUGAUUUUCAUGGAAUUAAGAAACCUAGGUGGAUUGGAAGGAGCGAUUGGGAUAAUUGGUGGCUUUCAAAGGAUCAGGUCCAGUAUGCUUGUGUUGAUGCUCAUCUUUCCCUUGAGAUUGGAAAGAAACUGAAUGUAUGGUCCAUACUAUUCUAAGCUAGAGAUAAUUCUUUUUUGGGGCUUCUCUGAUUUUGGAUGCUCACUUUUUGAUCUCUUUUUUGGUGUGGGGAUGAAUCAAAUCUCAACUCUUCCAAAAGCGAGUCUAAUUCUUUUGAUCCUUCUGUUACAGGUUUAGGAAUGAUGAAACCCAGUAUAGGUUUAGAAUCUUGAGAUAUGGGUAUAGAAUGGAUUGAAAUGUGUAAUUUGAAUCAUGCACAGAGAAUGGUUUAUAUUAGCUUUGGAGAUUUUCUGAGUUUCUUAA